AUGAGGGUAUUGUGUCCGAAUAUAGACCGAGAAGAUGCGUUGGAGACUGUUCUUGACGUGCCGAUACCUGAGGAGAUGUUUACAAGCAUGGGUAACACUGUCGCUUUACGAUGGCAAAACAUGGCGAUGUGGAUGAAGGCACAGACGUUGGAGAAAUGGUCUUCACCGAUCAUAGCUAACCGUUAUAACGAGCUUAGUUUUUUGCUUUACAUGAUGGGAUCUCCUCUUCUUCCUCUUCAGAUUCGAAAAGCGAAUUCUAGCACUCGAUCUAUUCACAAUUCUUCUAUCGAAGCAUCAACGGCAAAAUAUAUAGUGCAACAAUACAUGGCGGCAAUCGGUGGUCAACCAGCUUUGAACACAGUACAAAGUUUAUGUGCGAUCGGACAAGUGAAGAUUAGUGCGUCAGAUUUCCAUCAAGGCGACGAAGUCGUGAAUUCACGAAGCAGGGAUGAGGCCGGAGGGUUUGUGCUCUGGCAAAAGGAUCCAAACUUAUGGUGCUUGGAACUACUAGUUUCCGGUUGCAAGGUUAUUUCAGGAAGCAAUGGCAAGAUUUCUUGGAGACAGUCUUCGAACCUACAAAGACCUAUGAUCAAAGGUCCUCCUCGUCCUCUUCGUCGGUUUCUUCAGGGUUUGGACCCGAAGUCCACAGGAGAUCUGUUUCUUCAAGCAGUAUGCAUAGGUGAAAAGAUCAUAAAUGACGAAGAAUGCUUUAUACUAAAGCUCGAUACGAGCCAAUCGGAUCUCGAGGAACAAGGCAAUCCGAAAUACGAGAUCAUACAUCACACAAUUUGGGGUUACUUUAGCCAAAGGUCGGGGCUCUUAGUCAAGUUUGAGGACUCGAGACUGCUCACCGUGAACAGUGACAAUGGGGAUGGCAUUUUUUGGGAAACCAGCACGGAAUCGGUGAUUGAGGAUUAUAGGUAUGUCGAGGGUGUCAAUAUUGCGCAUAGUGGGAAAACUACUGUAACGGUUUUUAGAUACGGAGAACAAUCAUCGAACCAUAAAAGGGAGCUUGAAGAGAAGUGGAGGAUCGAAGAGGUUCACUUUAACGUUUGGGGAUUGGGUAAUGAUUUCUUUAAUCCCCCUUCCGAAUUCAUGAAAAGGGAAAAAGCAACUUAA